GCUGAAAAAAGUCGGUAUUCCAUGAUGAUGAACGAAAAUUAUGUCAUAGUAGGAACAGAUGAUACCACAAAUGAUACCACAACUGAUAAUAAAAGUAUCAACCGAAGAUGUAGUUUUUGUCGUAAGCAUUGGAAGCCGUGCGUAAUUGGUAUGAUAGUUUUGGCCAUUAUAUUUAUAGCAAUAGUGUGUAUCGUGGUAGUGACACAACCAAAAGGUCAAGAGGACUUCAAGAAUUCACUACAAUCUAAUUUGAAGGUCGAAAACACAGCGAAUAAGUGCAUUUACAAUACAUCGGGAGUUUUUGUGACGGAACUGAAAAAAGAUCCAUUUGCCUAUGGGAGUGUAUGCGAAAUAGGAUCAAAAUAUGUCAACAAGUACUGUAACAUUGGUAAGGAUGAAUCAAGUAGUCAUUUGUGCGAGGAAUGUACAGACGGAAGCAAACUUCCAUCGUUUUGCUUCUGUGACAAGAAAGUUCACUGUGUCAACGAUAAAGAAUUGGGAGGUCGACCAGCCGAUGACUCUAAAAAAUCUUGUAAUUGGUGUGCAAAGAUUUUCAAUAAUCAAUUUAAAGUCCGAGGCUAUGCGAGUUGCUCUAGUUACUCUCAAAAUCAGGUGAAAUCUCACUGUAAUGAAGGUUAUAGUGGGGUCAUGUGUAGUGUUAUAACACAACGCAUAUGCUUUUUAAAAGAACUUGAACAGCAUAAUUUACAAAGCUGCAACAUAUCAACUUUUGAGGAGUGUUUCCUGAAAUCGAUACGGUCUGGAAAAUAUUACCAUUGCCAAAAUUUCACGGAGUCCAAUAUCGAAGAAAGAAGUGGUAACCUGGAAGCUUGUAACUGAAUGCUACCUCAUGACGGAGAAAAGGUAGAAAAUUAAAUUGAGUUAGGCUUCAUCCAAGAAGUUGAAACAAACAAUUGCAAGGAGAAACAGCUGUUUGCCGUUGUUUAACCAUCGUCUAGUUGAUGGAUGAAAUCGCCCCCUAGAUAUGUAUAACGCAGGCAGAGAUACAAUGAUCUCUCGAAGAGUGAGAAACACAAGAAUAGCCAGUCACCUGUAGUAGUACACAAAUUUCUUUGAUAUUUGGCUUCUUUUUUUAGCUCACCUGGCCCGAAGGGCCAAGUGAGCUUUUCUCAUCACUUGGCGUCCGUCGUCGGCGUCGUCGUCGUCGUCGUCGUCGUCGUCCGUCGUCGUUAGCUUUUUACAAAAAUCUUCUCCUCUGAAACCACUAGGCCAAAUUUAACCAAACUAGGCCACAAUCAUCAUUAGGGUAUCUAGUUUAAAAAUUGUGUCCGAUGACUCCGCCAACCAACCAAGAUGGCUGCCAUGGCUAAAAAAUAGAACAUAGGGGUAAAAUGUAGAUUUUGGCUUAUAUCUCUGAAACCAAAGCAUUUAGAGUAAAUCUGACAUAGGGUAAAACUGAUUAUCAGCUCAAGAUAUAUCUGCCCUGAAAUUUUCAGACAAAUCUGACAACCUGUUGUUGGGUUGCUGCCCCUGAAUUGGUAAUUUUAAGGAAAUUUUGCAGUUUUUGGUUAUUAUCUUGAAUAUUAUUAUAGAUAGAGAUAAACUGUAAACAGCAAUUAUGUUCAGCAAAGUGAGAUCUACAAAUAAGUUGUCAUGACCAAAAUUUGUUAGUCGACUCCUUUAGGAGUUAUUGCCCUUAAUAGUCAAUUUUUAACAAUUUUUUGUAAAUUUUUGUAAUCUUUUACAAAAAUCUUCUUCUCUGAAACUACUGAGACAAAUUUAACCAUACUUGGCCAUAAUCAUUAUUAGGGUAUCUAGUUUAAAAAAUUUGUCAGAUGACCCCGCCUUCCAACCAUCAUGGCGGACUUGGUUAAAAAUAGAACAUAGGGGUAAAAUGCAGUUUUUGGUUUAUAUCUCUGAAACUAAAGCAUUUAGAGCAAAUCUGACAGGUGGCAAACAUGUACAUCAGAUUUAGAUUUAUCUGCCCUGAAAUUUUCAGACGAAUCCGACAACCCGUUGUUGGGUUGCUGCCCCUGAGUUAGUAAUUUUACAAAAAUUUUGCAGUUUUUUGUUAUUAUCUUAGAUAUCAUUAUAAUAUCUAAUAUCUAAUACUAUUAAUUAUGAUUUUAACCUUAUGUUACAUGAUUUCCAAAGCAUCAGUAAAUGCAGGUGAGCGACACAGGCUCUUGAGAGCCUCUAGUUUCAAUUUAUAUACAAUUUGCAGACUUGAGUUUUAAAGUAUACUCGGUAAUAUUAAAUAUUCCAUCUAGUUCUUUGAGUGGUUCGUUUGUAUUUGACAUCAAGUCAAUGUAUAACUUAUUAUUGGCAGAUAGCUUCAGAAUCAUUAGUCCCCUACCGACGAAGUCGAAGGGAACUAUAGGUUUGCACUCUGUCCAUCUGUCUGUCCAUCCGUCAUUUCGGCAAAUUAGUUUCCCACAUUUUUUCCUUCGUGUUUGAAGAUAUUGAUUUGAUAUUUGGUAUACAGUUUUAUCAUGACACGUUACAGAUCAAGUUCGAAUUUAGUUCCGGUCAGAUGAUUUCGUGCAGAGCUAUUUUCCUUGGUAUUCGACAAUUCACACAAGUAAUCAGUUUUCCGCACUUUUUUUGUUAUGCUUGAAGAUUUUGAUUGGAUAUUUGAUAUAUAGUUCUACCACAAGAUCAAGUUCGAAUUUUGUUCCGGUCUGAUGAUUUUGUGCAGAGUUAUGGUCCUUCGACUGAUAAAAUUCAGGCAAGUAAUUAGUUUUCCCCAUUUUUUUUCAUCAUGCUUGAAGAUAUUGAUUUGAUAUUUGAUAUAUAGUUCUACCAUGACCAGUUACAGAUCAAAUUCGAAUUUUGUUUGGUUCAAAUAAUUUUUUUGUAGAGUUAUGGUUCUAGGACCUAGGACUUAGAAAAUUCACGGAAUUAAUCAGUUUUCCACACAUUUUUUCGUCAUGCUUGAAGAUAUUGGUUUGAUAUUUGUUUUAUAGUUUACACCAUGACAAUGAACUUUUAACCGGUAGGGAACUAUGUAUUUCCAUGAAAUACUCUCACAAUGCAUGUUUAAACCAAUAAUACUACAGCCCUUGGAUGGUGUAAACUUCCCAAAAAAAACGUGUAUGGUGUAAUGGUGUAUGGCAUAUGGUUGCAAUGGUAAAAGGUGUAUGGGGCUAUGGUGUAUGGUGUAAGGGGAAUGGUGUAAUGGUGUAACGUGCGAUCGGGAAUGGUGUGAACGAAUGGUGUACGACAUUUAAAACUAUGCAAAAUAUUGUUAAGAACUGAUUUUUGAUUUUAUACAUUAAUUUACAAUAUUGUGAUCAAAUUCGUUUUUUUUUAAAUAAAUAAAUAAUUUUGUAGUCGCACGCUUUCUUUGAAAUUAAAUUGCAUUAUGGUGUAAUGUGUAAGGUGUAUGGUGCAAAUGUGUAACGUGUAAAGUGUAAUGGCACAGGGUGUAUGGUGUAAUGGUGUAUGGUGAAUGGUGUAAUGGUGUAUGGUGUGAAGUUUACGCCAUCCAAGGACUGUAGUUGAUCUGUACAGUUCAGAUAUGACAAGUGUUUCACAUAUGUGCCUUGAAAGCAGCCUGUCCGCAUCGAAUCUAUGCAUUUAUCAUAAUAUUGUUAAUAAAGUAAAAAAAAUGGCAACACAAAUAGAAGUAAUGAUUUUUUUUAAGAUAAGAGAUUUGAAAAUAUAACAUUUUUAGAACCCAGUUAUGCACACAGUAAAAUUAAAUAUAACUCCUCCAUGAGAUACAAUUGCUUAACAAUUAUUAUGCAUAAUGCUCAAAUUUAUAUAUAUAAGUAGAUGUGGUAUGAUUUCCAAAUACCAAAAUGACGAAGAAAUAAGCAACUACAUGUCAUCGUACGACCUUCACCGAUGACAAAAUCCCAUACCGCAUAGCAGGCAAUAAAAGGCCCUGAAAUUGAAAAUGUCAAAGAAUUCAAACGAGAAAAUUAACGGCCUGAUUUAUGUACAAAACAUUAAACGAAAAACGACAACAAACGUCCCUAGACUUACAGGCCAUUGACUUAGGACAGGCACAUACAUAAUGUGGCGGGGCUAAACUUGUUUGCAGGCGUCCAAACCUCCCCUAACCCGUGACAGUAGUGUAACAGCAUAAUAUAAGAACAAACUAUACAAAUCAGUUAAAAAGGGCGUAACUCAUCAGCACGAUACUAGGCACAAAACAACUAACAAAACCACUAAAUACACGAAGAUCAGAUUUUUGAAUACUCGUUGUUACAGAAAACUAAUUCAUAGCCGUUAACAAUUUUUACAAAUAUCAUGUAUUGAAGACUUAAAGGUCAACAUUACACAUCCUUCAUCCAAUAGAUAAAGUGUAAAGAAGCAUUAACCGUCAGAGAAAAACAUGAUCUUGUGCAAUGCCAAAAUAUAGGUAUCAACAGAAUGAAAGAGCGUGAAUAGCAAUAACAUUUAGCUGGGUUUUAAUCUAUUUAUCUUUGUUAUUCUUGUAUGUUUUUUUUAAUUUUAGUUUAUUUGUAUGUUUCGGACUUUAGUGUGACUUCCAUUUUUACUGAACUAGUACACAUUUUUGUUUAGGGGCAAGCUGAAGCCCGCCUCCGGGUGCUGGAUUUUCUAGCUGUGUUGAAGACACAUUGGUGGCCUUCGGCUGUUUUCUGCUCUUUGGUCGGGUUGUUGUCUUUUUGACACAUUCCCCAUUUCCAUUCUUAAUUUUAUUCAAAUCAGUAUUUAAACCGGUAAAACAAUAUUCAAAGGUCUAACUCCAGUUUAAAUUUGAUUCCGGAUCGUAUCUAAAUAGAAAGAAUCGAUAAACAAACCAAAAAUUAAGAUGUGCUAUCCCGUUUGGGAUAAUUUUUCAACACCUACAGCCAAACUUCCAAAACUUUUUUUUGUAUUUUUGAAGAAAGAAUAAAGGUUGUAAGUAAUUUGUGGUAACGAAAUCCUUGACGUUAUAAGUUACCAGAUAUACAUAGAUUACGUUAACGUAACUACAGACACGGGCUUUAUGUAUGCUUAACAUUUUAUUGAUUUCAUUGUUGUAUUGACAGAUAUCUUCUAAUUAAAAUUGUUUGUUGUAUUCCCUUUGUGUUAUCAUGUUAUCAGUUCCAAAUUGAUAUAUUGAAAGUCUAUAGUUAAUGAGUACUUUUUAUUUAUUUUUAUUUAUUCAUCAGUUAAAUGAGUAAGUCAAAUGGCUCAAAGCAUAUAAGAUGUCUAUUUAUUGAUAACCAGGAAAAAUACACUUUCGUCUAUAAUAAAACUUUUGAUUUCAUCUCAAGAAACUAUAAUAAUUGAUAUGUAGUUGCACAGCUUUUUAACAAAUGUAUUGUUACUAGGUCUUUCCACUUUUCUAUGGAAAGACCUAUUGAUUUUGUUCUGAAUAUUAUUUUUUUCUUCUUCCGCCACAAUUUUUUUCUUGCGGUGUAUAAUGGUUUCGCAAGAUGUCGCUUAGAUUUUUUGCAUAUGAUAUCGAACAGUUAUUGCGCUUUUGAAACUGACCCUGUUUAACAGAAUACUUUUUAUUGUAAGAGUUAUCUCCCCAAACACUAUUUAUCUUGUGUGCGCAUCUCCUUUGCAACCAUAAAAGAUUACGACAAAAUUAUUUAACCAAUUUGCUCGUUAUAUCCUAAGGAUCUUAAGAAUAAUUUUGACCGAAGCGUUCCGGAGAAUCCAUUAUAGAGUUAUUUUCCCUUCUGUAUUUAAAAUAAGUGAAAUGUAAUUGUAACUGGUAAACCAUAAGUUAUAGAGACCUGGGGUCUUUUGAACUGAAUUUUAAUUUGGCUUAUUAAUGCUUCUCUUCAGAAACCGUAUAAGAUAUUGACAUUUUUUUUUAUUAAACUGUUAGUUCCUACAUGUCGUAACUUAUAUAUUUUGGUUAAAAGGGUGCGUUAACACUUGAUGGGAGUUUCCUCCCCUCCAAAACUUAAAAUGAUCUGUAUUGGGAUAGAACUCAUUUCCAAUAUAUAGUAGAGACUUUGGGUCAUUUAAUUUGAGGUCCUUGUUGUAUGACCUUGAAAUUUAGUUCAAGGUCAAAGGUAAAUUUGAUGUUCUAGAUUUUGACCAUUGCUAUAGAUUCAUAUCUAUAAAUGAUAAAGCCAUGGGGUCUUUCGCAUCAUAUUGGUAGACAUAGGACAUAUUAUCUUAAAUGAAUUUGGGUGGAAAAAUAUUUGUUUUUAAUUAUUUAUGUAAACUUUAUUUUUUAUUUACAUUGUUAUAUAUCUGUUACUUAUUUAGGACAAUGUUGGCCAAUAUGUAUAAAGUGAUAAAUCUAAUUCCGUCCUUCAUAAUGUUAUGUAAUUGCAUUUAUGUGUUUAUUUGUUUUUAUAUAUCAACACUUUAUUGUGCUAAGGCUUCUAUGACUUCUAUUGUAUGAAUAAAAUAUUUAAAAAAAACAUA